AGGAUAUUGGAUUUUUGGUGCUGAAUUUUGCGAUACAUGGAUAGCAUUUGAUGUUAUGUGCUCAACAUCGUCUAUUUUAAAUUUAUGUGCAAUCUCACUGGAUCGUUAUAUUCACAUAAAAGAUCCCCUUAGAUAUACGAGAUGGGUGACGCGACGUGUAGCCAUCAUAACAAUAGCAGCAAUUUGGAUAUUAGCGGCCUUUCUUUCAUUUGUUCCAAUAUCACUAGGACUUCAUCGACCUAAUGAACCAUUAGCAAUCGAGAUACGAAAUGGAAUUGAGUAUCCUAUGUGUGCACUAGAUCUAACACCAACUUAUGCUGUUGUUUCAAGCUGUAUCAGCUUUUAUGUCCCUUGUAUUGUACUUGUUGGAAUUUAUUGCAGGUAAAAUUAUAUUCAGCAUGGAGUAGAAUUUCGUAAAACAACGGAUAUUAAAUAGAUGACAAAAUAGUCUAAAUGUUUGAAUGUUCACAGCAUUGAACUGUGCG